GUCCUCAUCCGGCACCUUCAUUCCGCCCACCACUCCUCUGCUUCACUUCCAAGAUGGGUCACGGAAACUCGGACAAGCUAUAUGUCACUCAUGCAGAGCACUCUGGCAUGUUUGGUCAGCAUACCGCCUCCUCUGCGGGCGCGAAAGCGAAGAAUCUGGGUUUCACCCAUCCAGCAGCCUUGACUCCUUUCGACUGCUGCGCGCUCUCGUUCCAGCCAUUUAAUCACCCUGUGUGCGCUCGGAACGCAGACGGUACUGGCAAUGUCUUCGAUCUCACCAACAUCAUACCUUGGCUCAAGCAGCAUGAAAACAAGAACCCCAUUACUCAAGAGUCACUUGCUCCAUCUGACCUCAUAACGCUACACUAUUCACGAAAGCCCAACGGGGAGAUCCAUGACCCCAUCUCGUUCAAGCCUUUCAGUGAGCAUUCGCACAUAGUCGCCAUCGCUAGUACAGGGAAUGUGUAUCUUGCGGAGAGCGUGAAGGGCGGUAGGGACUUGGUUGCCGACGUCAAGUUCAAGAAGGAGGAUGUCGUCACACUGCAAAAUCCGCACGGCUUCCCCUCUGCAUCUGUUCUCAAGGCGCCAGCAGUCAAGGAAGCUGAGCCUGACAAGAAAGCAGUCAUCAAGACAGGUGCCGUUGCAGGAUCAUCCAAAACAAAAGCUGCAGUGCCAUGGAACAUCUCACCAUAUUCUACGGGUUUGCCUGGAGCCUCACUGACCUCAACCUCCGUCGACCCGCAAACUCAAUCGUCUCAAUUGGUCUGGGAUGAAGAGGAACUGAUGUUCGACGACUUUGCCAGUCCGCCGAAGGGCAAGGGCAAAGAGAAGGACGUAGGCAAGCGUCGUGCCUAUGUCCGAGUUGUUACUACGCUCGGAGGUGGCAGCCUCAACCUUGAGCUGUUCUGCGAGAAGGCUCCGAAGACAUGUUACAAUUUCCUCCAGCUAGCCAAAGCUGGUAAAUACAACGAUUGUCUCUUCCACCGACUCGUACCCGGGUUUAUGAUUCAAACGGGAGAUCCCACUGGGACAGGUUCCGGCGGUCAGUCAUGUUGGGGCACUCCGUUCCGAGAUGAGUAUGACAUGCGUAACGCUGCGAAGCACGACUCUCGCGGUGUUGUUGCCAUGGCAAACAAGGGUCCUGCGACAAAUGGGUCGCAGUUCUAUUUUACAUUCAAAGCGACUCCGCAUCUCGACAAAAAGCAUACAGUCUUUGGCAAACUUGUCGGUGGAGAGGAUGUUCUUGACGCUUUGGAAGGCAUGCCAGUCAAGCCUGGUACUGAGCGACCAGCGAAGCCUGUUCGCAUUACUGAGGUAGUCAUGUAUGUGGCCGCCCAUUCAUAGGUUGAACAUGAUAUACUCACAUAUCUGUAUCUGCUCAGCUACCAGGAUCCCUUUGAGGAGUACAAGUCUCGGAGAGACAAGAGACUCGCGAAGAAGGCUGAACAUGCUCAGAAUGGUAGCCAGAUCAGUCAGACAUCCGAGAAGGAUGACAUCAACUGGUUCGGCACCAAGGUGGGCACUGGAACGAAGGGGUUUGGUGGCGAUGGCGGUGGCGGUGGCGGCGUCGGCAAGUACCUCAACGCCGGGGCGAAACGACCAGCACCUGAGCAAUCAUCGAGGUUCAGUGACGUUGGUACCCCUGAUGACACGAAGAAAAAGCGGAGGAUUGGCUUCGGUAACUUCGAAGGA